AUGUCGGGCUACGUACUGCUCGAGGUAGCCGGAGAAUUGGAAAGGAGGAAGAUUGUGGAGAAUUUAUGGCAGCGCACAAACGGCUUUCUCGUCCUCAUUGAAGAGGGCACCAAGGCGGGUUUCGCUGCCCUUCUUGAGGCCCGAGAUAGACUGAUAAAAACGGGUGGUGACGAUAUGCAAAUUUUUGCUCCUUGUCCCCAUCUGCUACAGUGUGGAAAAGCCGGCAUGACCUGCUCCUCUGGCGUCAAGUACUACCAGUUGGGCCUUACGAAGGAUGCGGCCUACCCCUCCACAGAAAAAUUCAGCUAUCUGGUCGUGUCUAGGGGCGACUGGCGGCGUUUCGCCAGCCCUGACGAGGUGGCCGAACCUGUUUUUCCGCGCAUCGUUUCCACGCUGCCUAACCCCAGAGCGCCCGCGCUGGAUAUGGAUCUCUGCCUUCCCAAUGGAGACUGUGAACGGGUCACUUUCUCAAGAACGGGAACAGACAGGACUCUCUUCUUCUUUCUGAAAAAUUCCGCUGCUGGUGAUAUAGCUCCCUGCCUUCGUUCUACGGAGGACUCAGUGGAUGCAGAAGACGAUGAUGUUGAUGAUGGUGAGGAGGUGGUGGAGGAGGAGGCAGAGAAUUCGGUUGAAGACGAAGAAGAAGAAGGCGGAAGAAGGUAG